GCUAAUUUCAGAGCAGUGUCACUUUCACUCUUCAAUCAUGACAUCUCGGCGACCCGAUAGCUUUGAUGGCUUAGGUUACAGGGGAAGGGAGGAUCCGUCAUUUGCUGGGGGAUAUUCGGGAAGGUCAUUUAAUAAUUUGUCCAGUGCUGAUUUACAGAAUUGGGUCACGACUCCCCCAGACAUCCCAGGCAGCAGAAAUCUGCAUUUUGGUGAUCGCACCCCGCAGUUCGAAACGUUCUCUGCCCCAUCCGGCUCCGGAGAGGACACCCACGUAUCGGCUCCACCAUCCGAGCAGUUAAACAGAUUUGCUGGAUUUGGCAUUGGGCUUGCAAGUCUCUUCACAGAAAAUGUCCUCGCCCAUCCAUGCAUCGUGUUUCGGCGACAGUGCCAGGUGAAUUACCAUGCCAGGAACUACCACUUGUCACCACUGACUGCCAUCAGUGUGAUGUACAAUAUCACAAAAACUCAGGGACCAAAGGCUCUAUGGAAGGGAAUGGGCAGCACAUUUGUGGUACAAGGCGUGACCCUAGGAACGGAGGGCAUCAUCAGUGAAUGCACACCGCUGCCGCGGGAAUUAUCGCACAAAUGGAACCCGAAGCAGGUUAUCGGCCACUUGAUGCUCAAAGGUUUGACAUAUGUGGUUGCAAUGCCGUUUUACUCAGCAAGUUUGAUUGAAACGGUACAGAGCGAGAUCAUCCGGGACAAUCCAGGCAUCCUGGAUUGCGUGAAGGAGGGUGUUGGACGAGUUAUCGGCAUGGGCGUGCCCCAUAGCAAACGACUGCUACCCCUUUGGAGCUUAGUCUUCCCCACUGUACUCCAUGGUGUACUGCACUAUGUGGUCAGCUCCAGCGUGCAGAAACUGGUGCUCUUCGUACUGCGUUGCCGCAACCAGUCAAAGCAGUCGGCCUCUGAGUCCUCCUCUUUGUCAUCAGGCCAGGAGACAGUGCAGAGCAUGCUGGACGCUUACUUCCCUGAGCUCAUGGCCAGCUUUGCUGCCAGCCUGGUGGCCGACGUUCUUCUCUUCCCCUUAGAGACGGUGCUUCAUCGUCUGCACAUCCAGGGCACCCGCACCAUCAUCGACAACACGGAUCUAGGGUUUGAGGUGCUUCCCAUUAACACACAGUACGAGGGCAUGAGGGACUGCAUCAGCGCCAUUCGCCAGGAGGAGGGAGCCCUGGGGUUCUACAAGGGCUUUGGCUCCGUGCUGGUGCAGUACUCGUUGCACGCCGCCGUAUUGCAGAUCACCAAAAUGAUCUAUUCAACGCUGCUGCAGAACGCUUGAGAAAUGAGAAACAGGGAUGGAUUCCUACAUGUUUGUUUUGCAGGUCCCGUAUGUAUGUUUCUCUCAUUCCAGAAAGUGUGACCUACUCACGUGAGCAGCUGCCCCAAAAAUUAAUCUAUUUUGUGUCAAAAGUUACAUCAUGCAUUAUGGGCUAGUGAUGUUUCCUCAUUGUCUGCUGAGUGUACAGUGUUUAUCCAAGCACUUGUUGCCUAGUAGCUUGCAUGGCGUCUUGGAACCUACCCAUCUGUUAAAACAGAAAAAGAAUACAAUCCUCAUGACAAAAAGAUUCAGUUCACUUUUAAAAAUGAUGCAUACCAGAGCCAAAAUUCACCAGAGUAAAAUGUCACAAGA